AGAAAAAAAAAAGUUCAGGUGCAUCAUCGGCUCAUCGUCCCCCCAGCCCCCACGGCCCCACCCGUCUUGUUCUACGAAUGAAUUCUCAUUUCUCAAUUUCCAUCCCUUGAAUACUCCUUUACUGUACGUUCCUCUUCCUCAUCUUUACAACCCUGUUCUUCCCAUCCGCCAUUAAUGGCAAUUUCCUUGAUUUUCCCACUCUCCAUUUCCAAUUCUUCAUUCUUCAAUCUUAACUCCCUUCUUCUUUGUUUCUGUUCUUGUUGAUUUUUCAAUAAUUUCUGAAUUCAUUAUUAUUUCCAAAGAAAAAUUCAUGGAUUUGACGAACUCUCAAUCUAAUCUCUCUUUAGGGUUUUUAUCUCACUCUUCAGCUCAACGUCCUCCAAACCCUAACUCGAAUCGAAAUUUAAUCACUGAUGACUCUAUUUCGUUCCAGAUUGAUUCGAGGUUACGCGAGUCAUCCACACCGAUUUCAUCCAUUCCUCUGCAAUUGUUGGAACAAACUGCUAAUAGUUGCAGGAAUGAAGAUAAAGGGAUAGUUAAUGAGAGAGAAUUAGUUGAUGAAGAUACUGAGGAUAGAGAGGAUGCUAAUGAUGAUGAUGAUGAUAAGGUUGAAGAGGUCCGUAUUUUGGGUCAUUCCUUGUGUUUGAAACGGCGUCGUAGGGAAGGUUCGUUGUCUUCUUCUACUUCUACCGCCAAACGUGUAUCUGUCGAUUCAGCCCUUGAAUUGCGUCGUUCUGCAGUUAAAUCGUGGGGGAAUCAGUCGUUGCGAUUGGCUGAUCCUGAGAUUUUUGAUAUUAUGGAAAGAGAAAAGCUAAGACAAUGUAAAGGGAUUGAAUUGAUUGCGUCUGAGAAUUUCGUGUGCAAAGCUGUGAUGGAAGCGUUGGGUAGUUUUUUGACCAAUAAGUACUCUGAAGGAAUGCCUGGUCAGAGAUAUUAUGGUGGAAAUCAGUACAUAGAUGACAUUGAAACUCUAUGUUGUGAGCGAGCUUUGGCAGCUUUCGAUCUUUGUUCGGAUAAUUGGGGUGUAAAUGUUCAGCCAUAUUCUUGUACGUCUGCGAAUUUCGCUGUUUACACCGGACUUCUGUUACCAGGAGACCGAAUUAUGGGUUUGGACACCCUUUCUGGAGGGAAUACAAGUCAUGGUUGUUAUACUCCGAAUGGGAGAAAGGUGUCUGGAGCUUCAAUAUUUUUUGAGAGCUUAUCUUAUAAGGUUAAUCCUCAAACUGGGUAUGUGGAUUAUGAAAAGCUGGAGGAUAAGGCUCUUGAUUUUCGUCCCAAGAUAUUGAUAUGUGGUGGUAGUUCUUAUCCUCGUGAUUGGGAUUAUGCUAGGUUGAGGCAGAUUGCUGAUAAGUGUGGUGCCGUUUUGAUGUGCGAUAUGGCUCAAAUCAGUGGCCUUAUUGCUGCUAAGGAAUGUGUCAGUCCUUUUGAAUUUUGUGAUAUCGUUACAUCUACAACACAUAAGAGUCUCCGAGGUCCUAGAGGAGGAAUAAUAUUUUAUAAGAAGGGCAAGAAACCCAAGAAGAGAAGCUUGUUGUCAGGUCCCUCUGGUGACUGUGAGCUAUAUGACUUUGAAGAUAAGAUAAAUUUUGCUGUUUUCCCAGCUUUACAGGGUGGUCCUCACAACAACCACAUUGCUGCUCUAGCUAUAGCCUUGAAACAAGUUGCUACCCCGGAGUAUAAAGCAUACAUGCAACAAGUCAAAAGAAAUGCUCAGGCUUUGGCAUCAGCUUUAUUGCGAAGAAAAUGUCGGCUAAUAACCGGUGGUACUGACAAUCACUUACUACUUUGGGAUCUAAGACCCCUUGGUCUCACUGGUAAGAACUUUGAGAAGGUAUGCGAAACGUGUCAUAUUACCCUGAAUAAAGUUGCGUUGUUUGGCGACAAUGGCACCAUAACACCUGGUGGUGUAAGGAUCGGUACCCCUGCAAUGACAACAAGAGGCUGUGUAGAAUCUGAUUUCGAGGUGAUUGCAGACUUUCUGAUUCGAGCGGCCCAAAUCACAAGCAUAGUGCAGAGAGAACACGGAAAGUUGCAGAAAUCCUUUUUAAAGGGUUUGCAAAGCAAUAAGGACCUUAUUGAUCUACGAACGCGUAUCGAAGCUUUUGCUUCUCAAUUUGCCAUGCCAGGUUUUAACAUGUAGUUCAAUAAUAGAAUGUGCCAUCCUGCACCUUCUGUGAUUUCUGAUUAGAAGCAACACUUAGUUCAUCAUUCACUUAGUUUUCCUGGUUCUAGUGUACUUCAUCUAGAAGCUUCUCUUGCAUCAAACCCGAGGUGGAUGAUACAUUUUUCGACCUGAUUCUAGAUAAUGUUGCUGCUGGUCUCGAGCAGGCCGGAUAUAUUUCGUCUUUGCUCACAUUAUAUAACUGAUUCUUGGCUAUAUUUACGGUUUGUUAUUAUUCUUUAGGACAGCACAAGUGGUAUAUUUCCUGCGUUUCGUGCAGCUGGACCGGCUACAGUAUCUUAAAAUCCUCCUGGAUUUAUAUAACCUGCACAAGGGGUUUUAGUUUUUGGAACUCUUGAUUGUUGAUUAACCAUGUUUUGUAUGUAGUGUAAAGUCAAGAUUAGUUACCAAUUACCAUACAGUUAUACUCUUUGGUACAGCAAUGAAGUGAUAAUUUUGGUUAGCAAGGUCUCAAUGUUUUUCUAUUUUUUUAGGCAAGGUUAAUUUUUUUUAGAAUUUCUCCAUCUUGUAUAAAUAGAAUUUAAAAGAUUUCAUGUGUACCAAGAUAAAAAAUGUUUUCAUGAGCCUAUGUACAACAAUAGCAUUCUAUUAAUUAAUGUCGUUAAG